UGUUACGACUAUUUUAUUUGGAUGAAAUAUGGGCGUCAUAAAAAUAUUUUUGGUAGUACUGAAUUUAAUAUUUUGAUGUAACUAUUUAUACAAUUUUCUAAAUUUUUGGGGAUGAAAAUAUAAAACUGUUGCCGCUGAAGACCGAUGUCAUUCACAUUUUAUGUUUAUGCUAAUGAAAAUAGCGUGGUAGGAAAUCCUCCACUUGUUGUGAGGGGAAGCAAAGAAACAGGACGUGGUGGAAGUAAUGAAACAGGACGUGGUGGAAGUAAUGAAACAGGACGUGGUGGAAGAGGACGUGGAGGAAGAGGACGUGGUGUAAGUGGACGUGGACGUGGACGUGAUGGAAGAGAAAAAAAAUUUGGAGGGUCUUGUAACUUUUGCCAAUUAAAAGGCCACAAGGCGGCAAAUUGUUCUGCUAAAGGUAAAUAUCUUCUAUGAUAAUACUGAUACGACCACAUAUAUGUGAUCAUAUUCCAUAACAUUAUUGUAUCGCCGACUAAGCUUAUAACGUUGACACAGUGAUACACGUAUUACUACAGGGGGGCGGACUGCACAUAUAAACACUUUUGGAAUUCACGGCCACUGUGUCAUAAUACUAAUGU